ACCGGCUGCGCUCCGGAGCCGCGUCGCUCUUCUGCGCUCCGGAGCCCUGUCGGCCCUCUCGCCCUUUUGCAGCUUCCACCGGGGCGCAACGCGUCUCCUCCGGGCCGGGGGGCGCCCAGCCGGCGGGAUGACUGAAUUCCCGGCCAAAGUCAGCACCCGCACCAGCACCCCAGCCGGGGAGCCGGCUUUCCACGCGCCCGCCUUGGAUCUGGACUUCGUCAAGUCCCCCUUCGGCAUCCUGAUGGUCGUGGAAAUCGUGCUGGGCUGCUUGGUGUGGGCCCUGAUUGCCGACACGUACUACCAACCCUACCCUUCCUACGGCUGGGUGAUGUUCGUAGCUAUCUUCUUCUGGAUGGUGACGGUCAUUAUUUUUGUGAUGUAUCUGUUUCAGCUUCAGUUGAAAUUCUACAUGAUCCCUUGGCCUAUUGUGCUUGUGGUGUUAAAUGUCUCAGCCGCUGUCAUGUAUGCAACAGCCUUCAUAACCAGCGCUGCAUCGGUUGAACCGUAUUCCUGGCCCCAUUCCCCGGACUACAACAGAAGGGCCUCAGCAUCGUUCUUUGCCUGCCUGGUGAUGAUCGGCUACGGGAUCAGUUCCUGCUUCAGCAUCCGAGCCUGGAGGGGUUAUGGGAGCAACGCGGCCACCACCCAAGCGAGCAUCUCCAAUCAUGCUUAAAGAAACUGUGCCUCCUUUUGAAUCGACGGGGAGGGGGGGGUCCAAGGUGAUGGCUUUUGCAGCUUCUGUCCCUGCUCUUCCACACGUACGUGGCCUGGCCUGGAAACGAUGUCCUGUCCCAGCUUCAGUAGGGGCUGUUCCGAUCACAGGACUCACCUCCCUCUCCUGUGCUCUUAACCGGCCAUCCUCGACAGAGUGGCUAAGGCCCGGAUGAGAUAGGCAGCCUCAUGCUGGUUUUCAUGAUUCCUGGUUUGUCCCUCACCCCAGAGCUAAAACCUUUCGAUGUGCCUAAAUGCUACUUUCAGUGAUUAACAUUUAUAUGUAUUUAUAUGUAUGGGUGCAGGUAUAUACAUAUGUAUUACAAACUGUUCUAAAAAUACGAGUCCCAGGUAUAUUAGUAAAAAAGGAAGCAGACAUACUGCGAACUCCGGAACUUAAGAUUUUAAAAUUUCAAAAGAAUUAAAAUUUUAUUUUACUAAUACUCUUGAGUUUAAUACUCUGACAGAGUUUAAUACCCUGACGAUGUCAGCCGAUGGCUGACGAAAGCUUAGUAAAAUAAAGUUUUAAUUCUUUUGAAAUUUUAAAAUUUUAAGUUCCGGAGUUUGCAGUAUGUCUGCUUCCUUUUAUACAUAUGUAUGUAUAUGGCAUGUCUUAUAUGUGUGUUAUGUAUGUGUGCAUGUUUGACAGCAGGAAAGGAAUCUCAUUUUUAAUACGUGCCAUUAUGCCCACAAUAAAAAAAAUGACAAUAAUGGUUAUCAACCUUUACCCCCCCCUUGGCAAAGAUGAUGUUAGUUGAGCAUUACAGCUGAAUGUGACAGUGUUAGCUAAGCAUUAGUGGAGUGGAAGGGCACAAAAGAGCCUUUAAUGUCUCUUGGCUAACAAUUGGGAUUACUAAUAUUGAUUGGGAUCUUCUCAGAGCAUAGCCAGAAUAGCCCUGGGUGGAAAUUAUGCAGACUCUCGUUUAAAUGGGCAUUCUUCAGGCCUGUUAUUGGCAUGCCUCCAUUGGCUUCUUCAGGGACACACGUGAAGCAGCUGUCUUAACUUAAGCUAACUUGGCUGUUCUCACUUGUAAUGCAAGGGUCUCCAACCUUGGCGAUGUUAAGACUUGUGGACUUCAACUCCCAGAAUUCCCCAGCCAGCUGGCUAGGGAAUUCUGGGAGUGAAAAAGUACGCAACUCCUAAAAUGGCCCCAGUUGGACAUCUCUGCACUACAGUUUCUAGGAAUUAAAAUCUACAAGUCUUUAACAUUGCCAAGGUUGGACAUCCCUGCUUCUAGGAGUUGAAAUCCACAGAUCUUCAAACUCUUGCAUUACAGACUUCUGGGAGUUGAAAGUCCACAGGUCUUAAAAGUUGCCAAGGUUGGAUACCCCCACCCCACCCCUUGCUAUAAUGUUUGCAGAGGAGUGGAGUAAAAGAUAUGCAAAGCAAUCCAGAGAUUGCACGUCUCUAGGGAUGGCCACGCAUUUCUCACCGGAACUAAGCAAACUGAAACUCGUAGGCUCACCACUUGCAGCUAGCACCGGUAAAUAAUGUUUUAACGAUUAAUUCCGUUUUGUUUCGUAGUAUAGUAGCAGAAAUGCCUCUGGCGUAUACACCCAACAAAUGUUUUAUUUCUAAAAAAAAAAUGCACCUGUUUUAAAUAAAUUUUUAAAAGAC